GACCGUAGACUGUAUCCUCAAGAAUUACCGUUGGACUUUGCUUCCAGAGUUGCGAUUAUCUGAGGUUUUGUUUCUGAAGAAGCUCGCCCCACAAGUGCAUACCGACGCUAAAACAACCCCGCCGGCCCGCAAGACUACCUAAAACCCGAGCUAUUUCGAACCGAUCACCACAAAAUUCCAUACCUAUUUCCUAUUCACCAACAUUCAUUGCAACAUAAAUUCGAUACAAUGAGCAAGAAAGCCGCGGUUCCAGACGCUUGGGAUGACGAUUGGGAAUCACAAGCGGAUAAGGCAGAUGCUGCUGCAGAAGUCGAAAAGGCCGAGGAAGAGGUGAAGGUCACCAAAGCUGAGCGCCUAGCAAGACAUGAUGCAUCCAUGAGAAAAGUUUGGGAAUCUGCGUCCCCGGAACCAGAAGCGCCAUUCUUCCUAGCUACUCGCGAUACCGUUCCGUUAAAGACGGAGUUCAAGCCGACCCUCAAGUUGCUGAGUCGCAAGCCUGCGUCAAAGGUUAUUCAGAAGAUUGAUCCUGUAACAGGUCUGGCUAAAAUGACACUUGAGGAUGACGACGACGAGGAGGAACAAAAGAAAGACCAGCCCACCCCAGAAGAACUACGAGCACGAGCGCAAAGAGAACGGGAGGAGAAACAGAAGAGAUACAACGAAGCCAGGGAGAGAAUCUUAGGCCCUUCCUCCGGUGGCUCGUCCCCUGGAACUGUUACCCCACCGACAGAAGAUGCCAGGAGCAGAAGCGGUAAAGGUCGUGCCCGUGGAAAUGGACGCCAGGAGAACUCGAGACCGCAAAGUCAGUCAGGGAGCAAAGAGUUAUUCGAUCCGAACUAUACCCCCAAACCCGGAGUCAGUAUUCAGAAGCGUGCCGGUGAUGUUGCACGUUCCGGAAGAUCUACACCAAGGGACGAUGAUCAAGUCAUUCGAGCACCAAAAGGACCAGAUGGCAAUGGAAAGGGAUUUGGAUUUGCAAAUCGAGGAGGUAAAAUGGGUUGA